AUGCCUGCAUCAGAGUCCGUUACUUCCUCAACGGAGGAAUUUCAUUUUGAUUUUGACUGGGCGGAGGAUGUCGAAGAUGAGCUCCGACGACAAGAAUCCCACGGUUGGGACCUAUGCCACGAUGCCAAGGGAUACUCAAGUGGUGAAAUUCUAGAAGCUACCGGCAACAGCUUCCAUGACAUUGAUUUUGAGAGAGAUGUUGAGUAUAUCACGGAAGAUGACAUUGUUGACCAUGAUACAAACAUUGUGAGCAUUCCAUUGACGGAGGAAGUAUCCCCCACGCAACGGCUGCGUCGUGGCGUCGUGCAGGAAUUUCGUGGACGUGACUCCGCAGUGUCUCACGACGAAAAAAUUCACCACUUCAACUGGCUCGGAAACCCAGUCUAUCAGCCUAGCUCGACAACCCCUGCCGAGUCCCUUGCUAUCAUUUUCAGUGGCCCCAAAGUCCCAAAAGAGAACGACAAGCUCCGGGUCGCGAGUAUUCUUCGUCGAGCCUAUCAAUACCUUGACCCCGUGGUGGUAAGUUUUGAGAGAAUCAAAAAACGUUUUUUCAAGCAUCGAGGCUUCAGCUUACAAAAUGCAGCAGAGGGCCACGUCUUCAAGUUCUACACUCCUCACGGCCAGUGGAUGGUAGAUUCACACGUCCUCGACUCCGAGUUGAUAUUGAGGGACGCAGGUACCCAGGACGUUUACCUCAGUUCUAAAUUCUCAAUUGGAAAUGGCUUCAAGAGCUCCAGCUUGAUUCCCACUAGGUCGACCUGGUCCUCAACUCAACGUAAGAUUCUUCGAUCUCGGCAGCGCUCGUCGCCCAGGAAGAACAACUGGUCCCCGCCUCCACCAUCUCCCCUUCAACAGAACAGUCUAUUAUUUUAUCCGAAACAGUCACAAAGAAUUCACGCGAAACCUCUUUGA